AUGGAUGCUGUUGGCCCAGACUCGCCCAACUGCCUCAAGUAUGCACAAUUUGCAUCACACCUCGAUCUCUGGCAGUUCAAGGUCAUAUACUGGACGCUCUUCAUCUCAAAUCUACUCUUCUUGUUCUUUGGAUCCUUUGCCUACAUCAAAGCACAGGAAGCCCUGUCAGCAUAUGCAGACCACCCUAGCAAGCUGCGAAAGCGACUUCGACUAUGUAUCGUCGUAUGUUCGCUCUGUGUUGCCGCAUCGACAGUCAUCGUCAUCAUGGAAGCAUACGCCUUGUUAGCUCUACAGUUCUGCGACGGUGAGGACCUCAUGUCUCUCUACUGGUCGACAUGGACCAUGAUCCAGGUCGGGUCACUCAUCGCCAUCAUGGGCGUCAUUCUAGCCAUGAUUCACACGCUGCGCAACAAGCGUCACCCGCCGUGGGCACUGGCGCUGGGCACACCAGUCCUUGUCAUUGCAGGGCUACUGCACAUGUGCUUUUACAGCACGAGAGCCCGAGUAAAGAAGCUGUGCAAAAAGCCGACUGAUGAAGAAGAAACACAACCACCCAUGAGCAGAGUAAACAGCAACACCAUUGGACCCAGCUCCCGCGAAUCAAUAGACGAAACCAUAAGAGGGGAAUUUAUUGGAUUCACGGUGGAAGGAGGCCCGAUAGUACGGUUCACAAAUAGUGACGGUGACGAUGUUCCAGCGGGCGGUGAGCUAUUAGGCCGCUGUGGUAGCAACAGCAUCCUGACGAUCAAGAAACUGCCGAAAUAUCAAAGGCACAGACAGACCAGCAGCCAGGAGACACUGGAAAAAUAA